GUUCAGGGAAAGGCAAAGAUGGUGCAGAGAAGGGGGAGAGAUAAGUGAUCGAAAGAAGAGGAUAGGACAAAAAAAACUGAUGAUGAUGAAUACAUUGGAAAGUUUUUGGCCCUGGUGAGGGUGUCAGAUUGAAUACUGUAUGCGCAUGUGCGAAGGUGUCCAAACUGACAAUGCUUGGGAGAUGAAGAUAGUGUGUAGCUGCUUCUGGGCUCAAGGAGGAGGAGAGGAAUCCACAAGCCGACAAGAUGAGAUCCAAGGCGAGGGCGAGAAAACUGGCCAAAACUGACAGUGAAGUUGUAAAUAAUAUGUAUGAGCCAGAGCAUGAACUGCCCACCUGUGAGAGUGCUGAAGAAGAAACAGAAGACAGCAUCAUGUCUCCAGUUCCUGUUGGGCCUCCUUCACCCCUUCCAACCAGUGAGGAUUUCACUCCCAAAGAAGGUUCUCCAUAUGAAGCCCCCGUCUACAUUCCUGAUGACAUUCCCAUUCCACCAGACUUUGAACUGAAAGAGUCUUCCAUUCCAGGGGCAGGGCUGGGGAUAUGGGCAAAAAAGAAAAUCGAAAUGGGUGAAAGGCUUGGGCCUUGCAUACUGUCGCACAGGAUGACAAUAAAAGGUCCAGACUAUGGAUGGGAGCAAAUGUUGAAUGACUCUGAGUCAAACUCCCAAGAUGGAUCCAUCAGAAAGAUUGUUGAUGAACUCGGAAAUGAAACGUUUUGUGAUGAUGUCAGUCGGUCUGGAACUGCAAGCUGGCUCAAGUACAUUAGGACUGCACGUUCCUUCAAUGAACAAAAUUUAGUCAUUUGCGACAUCAAUGACCAAAUCUAUUAUAAAGUUAUCAGAGACAUUGAAGCAGGCGAGGAGUUGUUAGUUUACAUGAAGGACGGAGGUUACUCAGAUGGGCACCUGCCUCCUAAUCUUGAUGAAGAGCAGACAUUUUGUUGUGGAGUAUGUGGCGAACUCUUCCAGACCAAAGUAGAACUCCGUCGACAUCAGAAGUAUGCAUGUAGUGCUGUAAAUACCAUAUUUGAGACCCUGAAUGAGGAUAUCAAGCAGGAAAAGCUGGAAGAUGGAACAGUUCACGAGUGUAAGGAUUGCGAACGAAUAUUCCCCAGUAAAUACAGCCUGGAGCAACAUAUGAUCAUCCAUACAGAGGAAAGGGAAUAUAAAUGUGAUCAGUGUCCAAAGGCCUUCAAUUGGAAAUCAAAUCUGAUUCGCCACCAGAUGUCACAUGACAGUGGCAAACGAUUCGAGUGUGAAAACUGUGUCAAGCCAACUACAAAGACCUGUGACAUAAAUCCGUUGUUAAUAGCAAUGGUAAAACAGCAAGAGAGUUUUCUCACCAAUCAAGUGAUGGCUGGAAAAGCAAGACCUCCCACAGUAUUCACUGACCCCAGCAACCUCCAGCGACAUAUCCGCUCCCAACACGUCGGUGCACGGGCUCACGCUUGCCCUGACUGCGGCAAAACCUUCGCCACCUCAUCAGGCCUCAAACAACACAAGCACAUUCACAGCACUGUCAAACCCUUCAUAUGUGAGGUCUGCCACAAGUCCUACACCCAGUUCUCGAACCUCUGCCGCCACAAGCGGAUGCACGCAGACUGCCGCACACAGAUUAAAUGUAAAGACUGCGGACAAAUGUUCAGCACUACCUCCUCUCUUAAUAAGCACCGGCGCUUUUGUGAGGGUAAAAACCAUUAUACCCCUGGUGGGAUGUUCAACCCAGGUUUGUCCCUCACACCAAGUAAUAUGUUGGACAAAUCAAAGUCAUUGCCUAACAUGAACCAUGCCAGCUUAGGGUUUCCUGAGUAUUUUCCUUCCAGACCGCAUCAUCCGGGGUUACCAUUUUCUUCUGCUCCACCAACUUUCACUGCACUUAAUCCUGGAUUCCCAGGGAUCUUCCCCCCUUCUUUGUACCCCAGACGUCCACUGUUACCCCCAAGUCCGUUAAUGAAAAGCACCCUGAACCACAGUCAAGAAGCAAAGCUCCCAAGUCCUUUAGGGAAUCCAGCUUUGCCAACAAUGUCAACUAUCAACAGUCGUAUUCUGCCUCCUGAAGAAAAAUUGGAACUGCAGGAAAUUGCAGCAUACAGUGAGAAGUCAAAAACAAAAUGCAGUGACUUGUCUGAUGCAAGUGAUUUUGAGGAUGUUAAUACAACAACAGGGACUGACUUGGAUACCACAACGGGUACUGGGUCAGACUUGGACAGUGAUGCAGAAAGUGACAGAGAAAAACAUAAAGACAGAAGCAAACAGACUGACAUCAAAUCAGAUUCUAUCAUAGGGUCAGUUUCCAUGAGUUCUAGUAAUGACUUCUGUGAACGUCCAUUUUCAGCUGCUCAGGCUUUCUUCCCACCUCCAGAUGAUCAGACACUGCCUACAAUGGGAGCACCUAAUGACUCUAUCAAAGCAAUUGCUUCUAUUGCAGAGAAGUAUUUUGGCCCAGGAUUUAUGAGCUUGCAGGAGAAAAAAAUGGGACCACUUCCCUACCAUUCCAUGUUUCCACUACAGUUCCUUCCUAGUUUCCCACAUUCUUUAUACCCCUUUCCAGAACGAACUCUGCAUCCGAACUUGCUGGUCAAGGCGGAACCAAACUCACCCAGGGACCUUCAAAAAAUAGGAAACACCAGCUCAGAGUCGCCUUUUGAUCUAACAACAAAGCCGAAAGAGGUCAAGCCAGCUUUGCCAAUGCCUAGGAUCAAACCAAUGUCCUUAUCGGGAGAAGAACAGCCACUGGACCUUAGCAUUAGCAACCGUAGCAGAGUCAAUCAAAAUGGGACAUCAGAGCCACGCAAAAAUCACAUAUAUGGUGACAGAAAAUUGACUGUCAACAGAGAACUGCUCAAGAUUUCCCACUCUCAACCUCCCCAGCAGCCUUCACUGCACUAUGCUAAGCCUUCCCCCUUCUUCAUGGACCCCAUUUACAGCAGGGUAGAGAAGCGGAAACUUAUGGACCCUGUCGGUGCCCUGAAGGACAAGUACCUGCGACCCUCACCGUUGCUCUUCCACCCCCAGAUGUCUGCAAUAGAACACAUGACAGAAAAACUAGAAAGUUAUGGGACACUUAAACCAGAUGCUGCAAAUUCAUUACAGUCCUUACCACACCAUCCUUUCAACUUCCGGUCACCACCACCAGCACUAUCAGAUUCAAUACUUCGCAAGGGGAAGGAGCGCUACACAUGCAGGUACUGUGGAAAGAUCUUCCCCCGAUCGGCAAAUUUGACUCGACACCUCCGGACACACACAGGGGAGCAGCCGUACAGGUGCAAAUACUGUGACAGGUCGUUCAGCAUCUCUUCCAAUCUGCAGAGGCAUGUUCGAAAUAUUCACAACAAGGAGAAGCCAUUUAAAUGCCAUCUUUGUAACCGGUGUUUUGGACAGCAGACAAACCUAGACCGUCAUCUCAAAAAGCACGAACAUGAGAGCAUACCAGUGAGUCAGCAUUCAGGAGUAAUUUCGAAUCAUCUUGGUACAAGCACAUCCUCUCCAAAUUCAGAGUCUGACAACCAUGCACUUUUAGAAGAGAAGGAAGAUGCGUAUUUUUCAGAAAUUAGGAAUUUUAUUGCAAACAAUGAACUGAAUCAGCCUUCAGGCUUAACGGAAAAAAGAGCAGAGAUUCAAGACGUUAUCAACCCUCAGGUUCAUGUGCUGACCAAUCAGAAAUCAGUCAUUGUGGAUGAGGAGGAGGAAGAUGAGCUGGAGGAAGAAGAUGAAGAUGGCAGCUUAACAGAAAAGUCACAGGAGGAAGUAACAUCACCCACAACAGAUCCUCAGGUGGCAUAUGAAGACGAUGAAGAUGAUGAAGAAGAACCCAGCUCACUCUCCAUGACUUACGAGCAUUCUCAAAGGUGCAUUGCAGAGGAGGAAGAAGCCAGCUUGUUAGAUCUGGAGCAAAUAUCGAAUUUUGGGAAAAGCCUGGAUCUUCGGAAAGCAGCUGAGGAAGCAUUUGACGUCAAAGAUGUAUUUAACUCUACUUUAGAGUCUGAGGCAAUAAAAGAAACUCUUUACAGGCAGGCCAAAACACAGGCUUAUGCAAUGAUGCUAUCCUUAUCAGAAAACACAUCUCUCCACACAUCCUCCCAGAAUUCACUGGAUGCUUGGUUGAACAUGACAGGAGCAGCCUCUGAGACUGGGAACUUCAACCCCAUCAACCACCUCUGAGAAACAGAAAAAGCUGACUGGAUCAGACUUGAUGGGUGGGAAAAUUGAGGGCUAGUUUACUACUAUAAAUGUGGAAACAAGAGCAACUGAAAGCCAGUGGCAGAAAACAAGAGAUCGUGGACAUGAGACAAGGAGAACUCAUAUAUACAUUCAAGAAAAUAAGUAAAUCCUACAUGUGGCAUGCCAUUCUGCAGAACAUAUCUUUUCAUACAACAUUUUCUACAUGGAUUUGCUUUUUAAUUCUUUUCUCCUGGGUGAGAUGUAACUGCAGUUCAGGAUCCUGCCAUUUCAAAACUGAUCUACACAGUGGGUAAUUCUGCCUGUAGCAAAUUAGCUCUACUACAAGGAAUAUUCUAAUACAAAGUAUAUGAAAUGCAGAAAUCCAGUAAAUCAGAAACCUUGUUUGUUCCCCAGAAUAGAUCACUGAACCACCAAUGUAACCUGUUUCUAUUACACAUCUCUUAAUCUGCAGAUAUGUGUGAGGACUAGUGUACUUCGGGUUUUUCAUCCAACCACACAAUAUUCCUGUUUUUAGCUGAGACCAGUUUAUUUGUAUAUAAUAUGCAUGCAAAAACAAAGCACAGCUCUACUUAAUUGUUCACACUGGAAAAUAGCCUUUAAAUGCAUUUCUAAAUGAGCUGAAUACAUUUUGGUACUGGUGUUUCAAAGGUAACCAUUAAGGAAGGGCACAGUGGCAUGCAAUCAUUUCUCAUUUCAUUUACAGUAGGAGAUAAUGCCACAGCUAAGUACGAUUUAGACAUAUAUCCCAGUGGCAACUACUUUCUGCUUAGGUAUACCAUGAAGUUAAUCCUACCAGGAAGUAGUACUCAUAACAUAAAUGAAUAUAAACUACCAAAUGCAGAAAUCUAGUGGCAGAAAAAAAUCCCUCACCUAAAAGAAAAUGUUGUUGCACAUUUAAGCUUAGCAUGACCUCACAAGCUACAGACAGUGUUUGUCAUGAUUCUCUAGUCAAUAUUGAAUCCACUACAUCUCAUACAAGCUCUUUUUGUAAGACAAACUCCUGUUCUUUUCUUGUGUCUCUUUUCCUGAGGUUGUGCAUUUUCCAAGCUGGCCUUGCUUUCCUACUUCUGACAUUUGAAUGUCUGCUGCAGCACUGGCGAGUUCAUUCUUUACUUACAUAGUUUGUGGAAAUAAGGUCUGUCUCAAGAUUACAUAGUAUAUUUCUGGCUUGCUGGUCUGUUGUCAGGAGAGGCAAAAAAUACAUGAUUUCCCCUUUAUUUCUGAACACAUCAUGCAGUAUGAGAAUGAAAGACAAAAUUCCAUCAAAUGCAUUUAUUCUGACAAAUAAGACACUGUUUUGCACAAAGCUGUUGCCCAAACACAGCUAUGUUAGACUAACAUAUUAAAUAAAAUCACUCUGUGAGACAGGUGUGUUGAUCUUACAGUCAGUCAGUUGGCUUAUGCUAAAACAAAGAAUGGCUAGCCCUUAAUCCGGGGAUUUAAAUUAUUAUUAUGAGGCCAAUUCAGUUGUAACGUGUUUUUCCUAUCAGAAUAUACAUUAAUCUGUAAAUAAUGUGUAAUUUUUCCUAACUUUUCCUCAUGAUAUUUCUUAAGUAACAGUAUUUUUUCAUUAGACAUCAUUAUGAUGAAUAAAUAAUUAAUGUUAAUAUAAUGCUCUAGUGAAGGACCAAAAUUUAUGUAAUAAAGUUGUAUGUUGUAUGAUAUAACCAGGGAGUAGGGAACAGUCAUUCGUGCCAAAUAACCCCUAAGUACGCAUGUUGGUCUUGUUACCGAUUUUCCAGACAAUCAUAUGUUGUAUUUAAUUUUUUCAGCUGCAUUCUUUUAGGUAUUAGUAUUCUAUUUAUUGUUGUUUAGCCAAUUGUUCAAACAAUAUUGCAGCUGAAAGCAAAUUUUCUCCCAAAUAUGCCCUAUUUCUGUUGUGGGGAGAUACUGUAUAUUGGAACUACUGUGAAUUUUCUUGCUUUUUAGCCAAGGUGGCAUGCAGGGCUAAUGUGCCAUAUAACAGAAAAAAAUGAAAGUAAAGUACUGUGUGUUAUUUAUAGGAACUUUCUGCUUUUCAGAAGUAAAACAGAGAAAAGCAUAAACAAUGCUCACAACUGACCUGCUAACAAAUCAGUGAUAAUAAGUGUCAUGCUAUUUAGCUAUGGAACCCCUCUAGAUAUCCCUUGAUCUUAAUAAUGUAUGUGCAGUAAAUGUGAUAGUAUGUGCAUAAGUCCUGAGAUGUCACUCAGAACUUACUUCUAAUAAGCAAGUAAGUGAAAAUAUUACACCAGUUUCUGCAACGUGUCUUUAAAUACAUGAAAAGUAUACCUCAGAUAGAAUAACUCUGCCCAAACUAUGUCGUCAAAUGAGCAGCCAUCAACAACUGUGAUGCAUAUUUUUGAAACACCUGCAUUCUAUUUAAUUAUGUAAUUAUUCAGUAUAACAGCAUAUGGCUUGAAAAAAUGUGUAUGUGUGUGCAUCUGUGUGCGUGUGUGUGUGUGUGUGUGUGUGUGUGUGUGUGUGUGUGUGUGUGUGUGUGUGUGUGUGUAAACAUGAACAUGAUACAGGUGUCAACUGCCACUGCAACCAAUGUGGCUUUAUUUUUGGUUUAUCACUUUUACCAUGUUGCAGAGAAUAGAAAUAAAUGGGCUAUAAGUUCAAAAUAUAUGUUAUCCAGUGAAAAAUGUAUUUAAAAUGAAGCUACAAUGAUGGCAUGCCAAUAAAAUGGAACUUUCUAAGAUUUCUUUAAUGGUAGCCCAGUAUAUUUAUGAAACUCAAAUGAUGAAAGACUUCCCAGCGCCCUCUGUUUGCACAGUCACUGGAUGCACUGAUCUCUACCAUACUAGAUGGCAUUCUUGUACAAAUGUUAUUAUGUAAGAUACAAAGGUGAGCUAAACAUAAUUUUGAAGGCAUUAUCAUUAUGUUACUUAUGUGCUUCAGCUUCUCAUUGUUAUAGUAGCACCAUCUACAUAUCCUCAUCCACGUGUCUGAUUGCUGUGGGCAGUCUUCUAAAAUAUAGUCUUGCCACAACACUUCCCACAGCCUUAGUUCUUCAUCUUCCCAUAAUCCUUCCUCAAAUGUACAUUUACAUGCUGUAGCUCAAUUCUAAUACAUUUUGUCUGUUUCAGUUACUGUAAAAAAGGUUCCAUCAAAAGAGAUUAUUUUUCAAUCACUACUUAAAACGAAGCUGAGCAUAUUUGAAUUGUUUCUGUAAUGGGACUCAGGAGAGGAGCAGAGACUGCAGUGUCCAUGUUAACUCUAAUGCAACUCAGCAACUGAUGAUGCAACUCAUGGGUGAGCUGCUUUUGGGCUGAGGGAUGUAUGUAAAAACAUUCCAUAUUUACAGAUUUUGGCAUGGGACCAAUUAUAUUAAUUAUGGUGCCAUGUUUUGACUUUUAAACUAAACAUAGCCUUGUUUUAUAUUAAUUUCAGACUGAAAUACACCCUCUUCCUUCACUGUGAUACAUUCUUAGCUUGUUUGUAAGAGACUGACUAGUAGAGUGAAGAAUAACUUGGACAUUGUAACAGUAUCACCACUUGUAUGAACUGCUUCUUGCCAGGUAAUCAGACUGAAGUAUUUAAGGCUGUAAAUUAAGUUACUGGCAUGAUUUAUAAACGUCAACACUUCUAAAUACACAACGCAUUCUUAAAGCAAAACAAAAUAUGUAGACCAUUUAGGAAGUAGGAGAAAUGCUAUAGUUUCCCAACACGAAUUUGCACUUAAAUCAAAAUGCAGUACAUCAGGUGUUGUGCUGUCUGUUAGAAAGCAUAAAUAAAGCACUUGAGAUAUGUGGCCUACCACCAUAUGGCUCAAAAGACAUUUAAUGAUAAUUCUCUGUGUCACUUCCACAUCCUUCUGAUUAGCCACUUGUUAAAACAAAACUGAAUGCAGUGUGUCUGUAUAGGAGGACACCAACCUAAUACCUCAUAUUUCAGACAGUAUGCAGAAGUAAAAUGUGCAGUUAUUUAAAAUUUGCAUUUUUAUCUGAGGUCAGAGUGAGUAACUGGCGUGUGCUGACUGUACUUUGUAUUGUUCAUGUGAUUGCAGUAUAGAAAGCACACCCCUGAAAUUUAUACUGGUAGCAUCCAGUCUCACAGGGCAAUUAUUUCUUCUUUCCAAAAGAUAGCCAGUGAUUACUACUGUUGCUAUUUGUUCAUUUUGCACCCAUGUAACUACAAAAAUCUGUCUCUGAUUUGGGGAUUUUUUUUUUUUUUAUAUAAAACAUAUAUGGGGUUUCUCUAAAUGUGUUAGAAAAAGGCAGCUUUAGGUUUCUGAAUGUGCAAUUCUUGUCUAAACAGAUUUACUGAUGUUCAUAUGUUGCUUAAGAAUGCCUGAGAGGCUUUGCCCAAAUAUUAUUUACCAGCAUGUAAAAUAAGUAAUGAUGUUGGAAGGAUAGGAAAAUGUGCUUGUAAAGCACAAACAGAAAAAGGAAAACAAGCAUUACACCCAUACUUCUGUCAGCUUUUACUUCUACUGUGCCUGCACAGAUUUUUUUCUUUUGAAACUGUAAAGUAUUUUAAAUCAAUCAAUUGUAAAUGUCUAGUUUUCAUAUAAUGUUUAAAAUUAAAACAAAACUUUAGAAAAAGACACAGAGGAUGGUGCUCACCUCAUUUUUGAUUCAGACUGUAUAUUGCUUCUGUCCUGUUUAUAAAAACUGUGCAUGACACGUGUUUAGCGGUCCUUAUUGUGUCUUGUUUGUGAAAUUUUUAUGAAAAGAAAAAAAAUGAAAAAUUCCGUAGAUGCACUUAUUGUACAUGUGAUUAGAAGUUUUGUUACAAGACUAAAAGUCUUGAAAUGCCGAGGGAAAACAAACAAAAAAUAUAUGAAAAAAAUAUAUCGGUCAGUUAUUAAUUAAAAUAAAAUCACUCAUGGGCAAAUGAAGAAAUAUAAAAAAAAAAACUUAAGUGUAGAAAUAAUUAAAACAAAGCAAUUUGAAAUGUUCUUUUUUGAUGCUUGUGAUAAAAACAAAUGUACUUGUGUAGAGGAAUUCCAAUAAAACAAUGAAUUAAAAAGCUGAUUUUUGAGGUUAAUGCUGUAGAAUAGGAGUGUAUACCAAAUGUAAUCUUUCCAGUGCUAAAACAAAUUUAUACAUGAGAUUGAUAUGCAAUAAACCUGUGUGCUUUUUCUACUUCAA